AUGAAGUUCUCAGUACUCUACGCAGCUGUGGCAACAUUCUGCCGUCUGGUUUCAGCACAUGUUCAUGCCGAAGCAGCAGAAGCCCAGCAGGAGCCUUUCGUAGGAUGGACGAAAGAAGACCUUGAUGCCAAGUGGGGGACAGAUUGGGGCUUCUCAGGAAUAUCGACAUUUGCUCAUCUGCCACACACAAGAUGUCUGCAGCAUCCCGAGGUCGAAUACGAUAUCGCCAUCCUAGGAGCGCCCUUCGACACUGCAGUCACCUACAGGCCAGGUGCCCGAUUUGGUCCACGAGCUAUCAGAGCAGCAUCAGCUCGUCAAACGAGCUUCCGAGGCUAUAAUCCUCGAGCUGGUCUCAACCCUUAUCGCGAAUGGGCCAAGAUCAUCGACUGUGGCGACAUUCCAAUCUCACCUUUCGACAAUGCGCUGGCGGUCCGACAGAUGACAGAAGCCUAUACUAAUCUCGCCCACAGCACUGCGCCGAAGGAGAACGCAGAAUCAUCCAACGCCUAUCGCAAGAAGCCGAAGCUCAUGACACUGGGAGGCGACCACAGCAUUGCUCUACCGACAUUGCGAGCCCUCAACAAGAUCUACGGCAACGUAGCAGUAGUCCACUUCGACGCUCAUCUGGAUACCUGGCACCCAGCCAAAUACCCUUCCGCCUGGGUAGAUCCUAACAAUCCCAAUGAACAAUCUUUCUUCACCCACGGAACAAUGUUCUGGGUUGCUCACAACGAAUCUCUGAUCAUGAAGGACAAAUCGGUGCACGCUGGUCUUCGAACCCGACUAAGCAGUAUCGAAGACAACGAAGACGACGAUGCCCAGGGUUGGGUUCGCAUCGCAUGCGAUGACAUUGACGAUAUGGGCGCCGCUGCCGUGGCGCAGAAGAUCGUUGAUCAUGUCGGGACUGACACACCAGUGUACUUGUCGAUCGAUAUCGAUGUCAUUGAUCCUGGCAUGGCGCCAGCGACUGGUACGCCAGAGCCUGGUGGGUGGACGACCCGUGAGCUCAUUCGUGUUCUUCGAGGUAUCGAUGCGCUCAAUGUGGUUGGUGCGGAUAUCGUGGAAGUGUCACCCGCUUAUGAUACGAGUGCCGAGACUACUGCGAUGGCAGCAGCGCAGAUUGGAUUCGAGGUGCUCACGAAUAUGGUCAAGCGUGGCAUGGACAAUAAGACGAAGGUCAAGGUACGGGAUGAGCUUUGA